AUGGACAUGUUGGAUAUCUCGGCCGGCCGAUCACCUAGACGAGAGCUCCAAGGGCCUAGACCGACACCUCUAAAAGUACGUAAAGAUUCUCACAAGAUCAGAAAACCGCCUGUGCCACCACAACCUGCUCGACCCCAAGUGCCACCCCGGCCACCGGUUAUUAUAUACACAGUCUCUCCCAAGAUAAUUCACACAAACCCUAAUGAAUUCAUGUCAUUAGUACAACGUCUAACCGGCCUAGAUUCAACUUGUUCUUCGUCUAUGAUCACUUCGUCACCGUCUUCUUCUUCGGCUUUUCAAGUUAAUAGUGGUGAAAUAUCUCCAGCUGCACGUUUUGCUUCCAUUGAAAAAACCAAAUCCCCUGAAGGGAGGAAAUUGCAGCAAGAUUUUGACAUGGGAAUGAUUGAGGGAAUAGAGAUAAACGCCGAGUUUGAGAGGCCGUCCGGCCAGUUUCCGGGCAUUUUGUCGCCUAACCCGGCUUCUCUUCCACCUAUCCCACCAAUUUUUUUCUCUCCACCAUCUGAUCCCAAUCCAUUAGGGUUUUUCAAUGAUCUCAGCCCCGUUUUACACAGUAACAGGAAUUAUAUAGACUAUAGUUUAAUGCCUAGUCCUUCAACUUUUGUUUCACCUCAUAUUCCUUCUCCAAAUACUCUAGACCUUUUCAAUGUCUUUUUUGACAUUUAA